AUGGUGUCCCUUUCUCCCGUCCCCGCCGCCGCCGCCUCCAGAGCAAGCUGGACCACUGGUGCGCAGCCGCGGCAGCAGCAAAGCCAGCAGCAGCAGCAAAUCCAGCAGCAGCAGCAGCUUCAACACCCAGCACAGAAACGCCAAUGGCAGCAGCAGCAGCAGUGGCAGCAGGAAGCUGCGCCGGCCUCAGAGGGUCCUAGACGCAGUUCCACGCAACAACAGCAGCAGCAGCAGCAUCAAGAAGAGCAGCAGCAAAAGCAGCAGAGAAGCAGAGGCAGCCGAUUUACUCGCCGCCGGUCCCCCCUGCGUUUCGCUGCACUGUCCCUGGUCUGGUUCUUUUGCUGCAGCAGCAGCAGCGACAGUACCGCCGCAGCAGCAGCAGCGCCAGCAGCAGCAGCAGCAACAGUUCCUGUCGAACUUUUCUCAGCCAAAGCCUCCCAACACCUCCGUUUUGUCUUUCCUCAUCGCGCACUAUCUCUCGAAGACUCAGCUGUGUCGCAAAAUGCCGAAAGUGAAAAAGUCUCGGUGGAUGCAGAAGCAGCAAGUGCAGCAGAUACUCCGGUGGCUCUGCUGCAGCAGCCGAAAAUCCCAGUAGAAGCUGCACUGCAAGAAGUGACCAAAACUUUCAUGCCGCUGCUGCAGCACUUGCCUGGGCGGGUGAAGGUGGGUGCAGCAGCAGAAAUAGAAGCAGCAACAGCAGCAGCUGCUGCUGACCGUAUCUCUCUGGCUUUGUCUCUGCCUCUUUGUCUUUUGAACUUUGGUGAAUUAAGCACCAGGCUAGGGGCGGGCUCUUUUGGUGAGGUGUUUCCUUUCGCGAAGGGGCCCCUAGAGGGGGGCCCCUGCAGGGAAACGCUGGCAGCAGCAAUGGCAGCAGCAGCAGAAGGAUCUCAGGGGAGAUAUGGUGUCAAAAUAUUCAGAAAUGAAGCACUGGUGCAUUCUUUGGAGGCGGCAAUGGCAGGACGCACAAACUACUCGCCCGCAGCACUCAACAAUGCACAAAAAGUGAUCCGAAGCAUAGACCUAAGCGACGGGCUGCUGCGCUCAGCCAUUCAGGAAGCAUUGGGGUCCGAGUCACCAAUAGCUCAGCUGCAGCAGCUGCAGCAGCAGCAGCUGUCCGGUGCUGCCCUCGUGGCCAACCACAGAAGCAUUGAAGCAGCAAUCAAUGCCAACUUGUACCUUGCGGAUUUGAAGCUGACUGGGCUGAUCCUACACAGAGUUCUUGAAGUGAUAAAAACGAUGCACCCAAAAGUGUACAAAUUCAUUGAAGGCGCAUCUCUUGAAGAUAAGGCUUCUCUUCUUGCUGCUGCUGGAGAGAAGUUUGGCUGGGCCAUUCCCUUUGGUCGAGUUUUAGUCAAAGACAAGAGCGGAAGACAACUUUGGGGACUUCUUCUCAAGAUUUACGAUGGAGACAUAGACGUGCGCAUCAGCAUAAAAGAUGAUGGGUCCAGGUUGGAUGUGUGGAGCGAGCCAGCGGGAGCACCACAAGGGGCAGCAGCAACGACAACAGCAGCAGCAAGAAGCGCAUAUCUGAAGAAAGUAGCAAAUGACCGGAAUUCUCUUCUUUCUGUCUCCGCCAAAAUGUUGAGUCCUAUUGUUUACAUGCACAACUAUUUCUCCUUUGGGCAUUUCGACAUUAAGCCUGCCAAUAUGCUCUUCGAGAAAAAUCACGAGUAA